UAGUCACGCAUGUUUUUUAUCCGCCUUGUAGAAUUGGAAAGACAGAGAAAGAGAAGAAGCCGAUAGAAGCUUUAAAUUUAAUGCUUUUAGUGUUUUAUAAAUAAUUUUGUACGUUUUAUUUUAAUAAUUAACCUCGUCAAUUGGAUAUCAUGUCUGGGGACGCUUCUGUUUCCCCGCCUGCGGUUUUAUGGGCGCAGAGAAAUAGCACCAUUUUCUUGUCCAUUUGCUUAGAAGAUUGCCGAGAUCCAGUGCUUCAAAUAAACCCAUCGAAUAUAUACUUCCGAGGUGUCGGCGGUACCGAAAGAAAAGAACACGAAGUUAAUAUUGAAUUGUACAAGGAUAUAGUUCCAGAACUGUCAAAACAAUUCCAAACCGGUAGAACAAUUGAACUGAUUUUAAAGAAGAAAGAAGAAGGACCCUAUUGGCCACAACUUACAAAAUUAAAACAACGAUACCACUGGUUAAAAAUCAAUUUCAAUAAAUGGAAAGAAGAAGACGACAGUGAUGUUGAGGAAGAAGAAAAUUUCGAAGAUAUGAUUCGUUCCAUCGGUGAUUUAGGCACCGGUUCGAGACCUAGCUUUGAAAACGAUACUGAUUCUGAUGACAAUGAUAAAGAUGCCGAAGACGACCUCCCUCCUUUGGAAUAAUUUCUGAAAAAGAUUUCUUUGCGCAUUUAUCUGUAAGAUAGAGCUAACGGUUUAUUCCCUUUUUAUCAUUAAUUUCCCCCAGAAUAUAAGAUACGUGCUGUUUAUAUUAGUUAUUUUUACGUGUAUAUUUCCAGUAGUUAUUUACCUAAUGAAUAACUGUUGCCAGUAAAACAAAAAAAAUAAUCAUAGCAUUGACCACUGGACUCUUGGGAAAUUCGCAUUUUAGUAUCAAUUUCGCGAUUAUUCGAAGUCUUCUAAUGUGGUUAGCGUAUUUUUUUUUUUUCUAAUUAUCCAUUUUUUUUCCUUCAAAUUUUAUCAAAGCGAAAAAAUAUAAAUAAACGCGAUAUUACUGCAGAAGGUGAAAGUAAAAUUACAAAUAUGAGCUUUUAUAUAAUCGAUAUUUCAACAUGGAGAGAAAUCCCAGCAAUAUUUUAUAUUAUUAGAUUUUUGUUAUAAUGUUUCCUUAUUGAAUUUUGAAUUGCAGUAAAUUGGCUACUAUUAUUUUUUAACUAGUGUUUUCAUUUUAUACGAUUCGCCUUUCGCAUAAAUAAUAUAUUACGGGGAAUAAAACAUCUUGGAAAAUUUUCAAAGGUAAAAAGAGAAUCUUUGUAAAUACCCACGAUCUAAUUUGGAAAUGAAUUUCAAAAUCCAGUUGUAAGACCAAGGCUAGUGAUACUUUCACUAAAAAAAAAUUGAACCGUUGAACAUGAUUUGAAUACGAUUUUACGCCAUUGACCGUCGAAAAGUGUGUACGUAUUAUGGUAUUAGUCCCUAAUGUAAAUAUGAGUAUUGACACAUUCAUUUUGUACAAUUUGGUUUUAAGUACUUAAUUUUUAAGCGAAUUUUAAUUUGGCCAGUUAUGGUAUCGUUCAGCAUAUACGUAUAGCUUCGAAUAUGGAAUAUGGAAACUAAAAUCAGAAAUGAAUUUUAUACAAAUUGAUAUUUUUGUUGCACAUUAUCAAGUGUAAAGAAGUUGUUUUCGUAUUAUACUUAUCUUUUCACUCGG